CUCAUCGUCGCCGUGCUUGAUGUAAGAUGCAUUACGGGAAAUGUAGUUGAGUUCGAAGACAGAGCUGCUUUUACAUGUUGUCGGCGCGGUUUGCCUGCAGAUUGAAAAUACCCAAAUUAAAUCAACAAGAGGAGACAUUUGUGUAUGCAGUCGUUGAGAUUUGAGCUUACUAAACAACCGAAAUCACUUAGUUCUCCACACAACCGCGGAGUGGCGCCAUCUUGUAAUGUAGCAACAACCAAGACUACUACUACUACUACUACUACUACUACAAACGGUGCGAGUUGACAAAACGAGCUCUCAUCUCGGACUGGGAGGCUCUCGGCUGUUGGCGGGCGUGUGACUGCAUAUGCUGUCCUGCGGCAGACACCGAGUGAAUACAAGGGGAAACGCUCUCUUGGGAAGGCCUUAUGCUCCACGGCUAGGACUGGAAGAAGUAUUGGAAACAUGGGCGUGGAAGUAGAAACAAUAUCUCCCGGUGAUGGAAGCACAUUUCCAAAGAAGGGUCAGACGUGUGUUGUUCAUUACAUUGAUGAGUCUGGGCCAGAGGGUAAAACUCACGUGCACACCAGACAUGGCCUACGGUGCAACAGGCCACCCCGGGGUCAUCCCCCCCAACGCUACACUCAUUUUCGAUGUGGAGCUGCUCAAACUGGAGUGAAAGCACGGCAGCUAAAUGAGGAUCACCGUUUGGGCUUGUACAGGGAGAUUGGACCCUGUCCACCUGCCUCAUCCUCCCGCCUCCCUGCCAUCCCGCUCAUCUUCAGUUUAUUAUUUAAAUUCAUCUGCUGUUGCUUGGUGGCCAUCUUUUAA